AUGGUGUAUUCACCACAGCCAACAGACCGAUCGCCAGGCCUCCUUUUAUCAUUUCCCCAGGAAAUCCUCCAAUCGAUUUUGAACAACCUUCUAAUAAACGAAAUCUACACGGACAGUUCCAUCCAGAAGAGUCUAUCCUGUCGGGUCCUCCCUUUCUCCCAGGUUGUCCACAAAACAAGGAGCAUCCGUGACGUUUGCAGUUCGUGGGCCGACGCUACCCGUUCCCUUGUCUUUCGAGGAAAAUCAACAAGGGAUGGAUUAGUCCUAGAACUUCCCCGUCUCUUAUCCGAAGACGACCUUCGAACAUUUCCGCUGCUCAGGGACUGCAUGGUGGAACUUUGUCAUCCGUACUCACUUCCCGAGCUCGAUUCUCUCCAGCAGGAUCUGGCAAAGGCCUCCGUGGAUUCACGCAAAUAUGUCUGUGCCAUUACCUGGAGAUGCGAUGAUCCCAUGGACGUGAUGAGAGGUGCUGUUGGGGGCAUGGGAUAUGGGACGAUCGGACAGAAGAUGGUGGACACCUUUGUAGAUGAAUGCAUUGCCGCAGGCCUGAAGAUUGCGGACUGCGCUGGUCACCGUCCGAACGGCGGGAGUCCAGCUGAUAGCGAGCAGUUGGAGGAGGCUGCCGUCACGGCGAUGAAAAACUUCCUCUUCAAGGAGGUCCUUGGCCUUUGGUACUACAAUGCCCAUAUUGUUCGACAGAUUCUCAGUGCAUUCCCCCUCCUGGAGUACCUUGUUCUACCGGACUUUCUGCACCUGCCGUUUCUGACAAGGGUGGAAUAUUUCUUUCCUCCAUGUACUGAUCCUGGUGAUGUGUUGUCUCCAUUCGGCUCUGUCAACUUCUCCCCUCCGCAGAUGUUGCAAACUCUUGGGAUUACAUAUAGGGAGAAUGGCCGCCGUUACUCGGACAUUAUGGCGUCUCUCAAGGUGGUGGAUAUUUUCUCAGUACACUAUAACCCAAUCUUGGCCUUGUUCAGCCGCAGGUCUGACUGCCUGCCCUCUGGCCUGCUGUCCGUGCUGAUAUUUAACCGUUGGUGGAAUGGAAAUCGUUCCGAAAUUGGAACUGAUGUUGUUAAGAGGUUGAGAAAUCACGUCGAUAAAGCAGUUUCUGAUAUACCAGAUAGAAAGAACCCCAGGCUAUUUGAUGUGCAAAACCUGAGGAAUGUGAUGGACGAAAUGUAUCAAGACUGGUGA